AUAUAAAAGGAAUUGGCGUUGGUCCCAUUCUGGAGCAUUCAGUGUGCAGAGCUGUAGCUGCAGUAAAGGCAAAUGGGUGACAAGGACAAGCUUAUUUCUGACGAGCCCGUCGAAGCUGGUUCUCUGCCGCCGAAUAGUGGCAGCAAACAGGAGCAGAGUCCCAGAGGUCCCUGGUACAUGGCCAGCGGCUUCCUGUCGUUCUGGCUGCUCCUCUUCUUUGCCGUGGUGGUGCCACUGUUCUACCGCCUGCCCGCAGCCCUGACCAUCGAGGAUGUGCCCAAGGGUCUGUUCAUUGCCGAGCGAGCACAGGCAAACCUUUACGAAUUUGACAAAAUCGGACCCAAGGUGGUGGGCAGCGAUGGCAAUGAGAACAAGACCGUUCAGUUCCUGCUCAAAGAACUGGCGCUGAUUGAGCAGAAUGUCCUGGAUGAGUACUUUGACAUUGAAAUCGAUCUCCAGACUGUCUCCGGCUCCUAUAUUCAUUGGACCAUGGUCAACAUGUACCAGGGGGUGCAGAACAUCGUCAUCAAGCUGAGCCCCAAGAACUCCACCAGCGAUACCUACCUCCUGGUCAACAGCCACUUCGACUCGAAGCCCACCAGCCCAUCGGCUGGCGAUGCCGGUCAACUGAUUGUCACAAUCCUGGAGGUGCUCCGCGUGAUGUCCAGUACCAAGCAAACCUUCGAGCAUCCGAUUGUCUUUCUGCUGAACGGUGCCGAGGAGAAUCCACUGCAAGCCUCGCACGGCUUCAUCACCCAACACAAAUGGGCAGCCAACUGCAAGGUCCUCAUCAAUUUGGAUGCAGCUGGCGGGGGAGGUCGCGAGAUUCUCUUCCAGAGUGGCCCCAACCAUCCCUGGCUCGUAGACUACUACAAGAAGAACGCCAAGCAUCCAUUUGCCACCACCAUGGCUGAGGAAAUCUUCCAAACGGGUAUCCUGCCAUCGGACACGGAUUUCACCAUAUUCACCAAAUACAGUAGUCUCGUCGGUCUGGACAUGGCCCAGUGCAUCAACGGCUACACCUAUCACACCAAAUACGAUCGCUUCGAUGUGAUUCCCCGCACUUCUAUUCAGAACACGGGCGAUAAUGUUCUCAGCCUGGUCCGCGCCCUCUCCAAUGCCACAGAGGUGCAUGAUCCAGAGGCACACGCAGCGGGACACGCCAUCUUCUUCGACGUGCUGGGACUGUAUUUCAUCAGCUACUCGGAGAGCACUGGUGUGAUCCUCAACUAUGCCGUGGCUGCAGCUACCCUUGUCCUGAUCUUUGUGUCCGUGUGCCGCACCGCAAGCGUCUCCAAUGUCUCCACGGCCCACAUCGUUGGCCUGUUCAUUCUGAUUUUCGUGGUGCAGAUCAUUGGUUUCGUUCUUGGCCUGGGACUGCCCGUUGUGGUCGCGUAUUUGUUCGACAAGUACGGCCUCUCCCUCACCUACUUCGCCACUCCGGCGCUUAUGAUCGGCAUUUAUGUGUUUCCCAGUCUGCUAGGACUUAGUUUGCCCUCGUUCAUCUACUUGAAGCUGCAACGGAGCGAAAAGAUUUCCUUUGCCCAGCAACUGCAAAUGGUGCUGCAUGGACACGCUAUCAUCCUGGCCAUUCUCGCCCUUGGAUUAACUUAUUAUGGACUGCGAUCCGCCUACGUGAUAACAUGGACGCUCAUCUUUUACGUGAUUCCCCUGACCAUCAAUCUUCUCACGACGCUGCACGAUCGCGGCUUCUCCUGGACGGGCGUCCUGAAGCUUGUCCAGAUCAUUCCGUUCCUGUACAACAGCUAUCUCUUCUACACCUUCCUGGUUAUUCUCUCUGCAAUGAUGGGCCGAUUCGGUAGAUCGACCAACCCCGAUCUAAUUAUCUCUGCUCUGAAUGCCUUGGGAACUAUUUUUGCCAUGGGCUUUUUGAUUCCCCUUAUCAACGUGUUCCGACGACCAAGUAUGAUCCUCCUCGUCCUGCUGGCCGUCACAGGUCUGAGCAUCUACACAGCCAGCUCCACCCAAAUCGGAUUCCCCUAUCGCCCCAAGACCAACGUGGAGCGAGUGCCCUACCUGCAAGUGCGACGAACCUUCUACGAGUACGAUGGAUCCGUCAGCAAGGACGACUCCGGCUAUCUGUUCAACUUCCAGGACCGCCGUGGACCUGCACCCCUGAAGGGAACCAAAGUGAAUCUCACUGGCCUGGCUAGCAUCGAGUCGGACUGCUCCAAGUACAUGAUGUGUGGCGUUCCCCUCUACGAUCACCGUUGGGUGAAGAACCGUCUAAAGGGAAUGUGGCUGCCACGCAACGCACCCAUCGAAACCCCAUCGGUGCCCACGCUCGAGCUGCUGAACAAGACUGUGCUGGAGGACGGCAAGACCGUGCGGUUAGAGUUCACAACGGCGGUUACCGAUCACACCAGUGUGUUCAUUCAACCCUACGAGGACGUGGCCGUAACCAACUGGACAUUCCCCACCGCUUAUAUCGGACAGCAGACGACAUAUCACAUCUACUUCUCGCAUGGCAAGGAUGACACGGCACUCUCCUUCUUCAUCGAACUUUCGAAACCCGAUGGCGACUUCAAUGUGCCCCUUUGCCAGGUGGCAAUGUCAUAUCAUUAUAUUAACGAUGAAGGCGAUGAGCUCAGCCGGAAGUUUGCGAAAUCCUUCCCCUCCUAUGCAGCGCUGGUCCAGUGGCCCACCGCCUACCAACGUUUCAUUUAUUAAGCGGAUUCUUGCGGCCUGAAUUGUGUGUGUUCCAAAACCCCCAUCGCAGACCGUACUCUGUCCAUGGAAGCAGGCGUUCAACCCUGACUAAAGUUGUGUGGCGACAACGCACCUUGCCUUGUCGUAGUCAACUUGAAACACCAAUUAUCCAUAUCAGAAAAUAAUAAAAAUAAUGAACACACGCCUGUGCAAUUAAGCUCUAAAU